GCUGAAGAAUAUUUCGUCUUUUAAUUUCUCAAUGUAGCGUUUAAACGAAAAAAAACUUAAUCGGACUGUUAAAUGAUGUACAGACAAGCCAACAGCUUGCUUUCUUGCUCGUGUGCUGUGAUGGCGUCGAAGUUGUAAUGUGGAGGGAAAAACGUAAUAGUUUUAACAGACCUCAUACGAAAGCAAAUCAUUCUUGGUGAUAAAGAUCUCGAGAAAUGGGGAUCCAAGGCUUACUUCCUCUACUGAAGCCAAUCCAGAAGCCUGUUUCAAUUGCUGAAGAUUUUGCAGGCCAAGUCAUUGGGGUGGACGCUUAUUGCUGGCUUCACAAGGGAGCUUAUGGAUGUGCUAUGGAGCUAGUAGAAGGAAAGAAAAGCUUCAUAUAUGUCAAUUACAUUUUGAAACGCAUUAACAUGCUGCUUCAUUUCAAUGUAAAGCCAAUUCUGGUUUUUGAUGGAUCUUAUUUACCAUCCAAGGCUGGACAGGAAGCACAACGAAGAAAGACAAGGCAAGAAAACAAGGCCAAAGGGUUGGCUUUUCUGCGAGCUGGUAACAGACAACAGGCUUUGGAAUGCUUCCAGAAAUGUGUUGAUAUCACCCCUGAGAUGGCCCUGGAAGUCAUAAAGGAAUGUAGAAAGAAGGGUGUUGACUGUAUAGUAGCACCUUACGAGGCUGACGCCCAAUUGGCAUAUCUUAUGAAAGCUGGAAUAGUACAGGCCAUCAUAUCUGAAGACUCUGAUUUACUUGUGUAUGGAUGUCAAAAGGUAAUCUUCAAGAUGGAUGCAUAUGGUCAUGGUUUAGCAGUUGAUCUAGCAGAUCUUUCCAAGUUAACAAAACUUAAGCUGCAUGAGUUCACUCAAGAGAAGUUCAGACACAUGUGCAUCCUGUCCGGCUGUGAUUACCUGCCCUCUAUUAAGGGCAUUGGUCUCCAAACAGCCAUCAAAUUACUCAGGAAAUCAUCCAGUGUUCACAAGCUAAUAAGAUCCUUGAGAAUUGAAGCCAAGAUGUACGUCCCUGAUGAUUAUGAGAAGAGCUUCAAGCAGGCAGAUGAGACGUUUUUAUACCAGCUGGUGUUUGAUCCAGUCUCUAUGAAGCUGGUUCCUCUGAAUGAGCUGCCAGAAGGCUUGCAGCCUGGCGAUCUAGAGUUUGCUGGGCCGUCAAUGACGAGAGAGAAAGCCACUGGUAUUGCACUUGGUAAUAUUAACCCCAUAUCCAAUGAAGUGAUGGCGGACUUCAGCCCUCAAAACACCAAGGUCAUCAAUCUAGGAUCUGACAAUAAAUCUGAUGAGAACAGCCAUUCAGAUGCCUCCACCCCAGUCUCCACGUCUUCUUUUGGCCACUCGGUCAUGAACAAGCGAGGGAAGACUGGGUAUGAUGUGCAGAAAAACCUCUCUGGACUAAUGCUCAGUUCUCAGCCAUCCGCUAACUCAAGGAAGCCAUUUGUACCGCCGGGGCAGACGAGAAAGACUGACGAGGAAAGUCUUGAUGAUGAUUCAAUUUUCAACAUGUAUACUGCUUUGAAGGCCAGACCGAAGCCCCUGUCUUCCCAUGUACCGCCGGCGCAUUUACAACGCCGGGCAACUAGUGCGGGGUCAGGUCACGGGAUGAAAAGGUCAAAGUUUAAGAACCCAUUUAAAGUCUGUGGUCACGAGGUCAAGUCACAGGAUAAAGUUGAAAUCAGUAGGUAUUUCAACAUCACUGGAAGACGUGAAUCGUCAGAUUCUUCUUCAGAUGCAAAGCAGGAAAGUCCAGCAGAUGAAACACGUUUAGAAACUGAAGAAGACGAAGGAGAUACAACCACGUCAAGUACAUCACAACCUGGAGGUCUUCUUACCAUCUUAAAAGACAACAUGGAGGAACAGUUAUGCGACAGUGAACUUGCCACGAAUUGUAGCGAUGACCAGGAUAUGGAGGAGAAUGACAAAGAGAAUGAACUAAGGACUUGUGGAGAGUCGAACGAAAGUCCGAUAGCCAAAAAGAAAAUGUUUGAGUAUUCGAAACACAAGCGGGAGGAACAAUCUAUGAGUCAAGAAAGUAACACCUCGCAGACGCUGAAGUGUUCCCCUAGACAACUGCAAAAGCAAAGCGUGUUAACAAGUCAUUCACCAAACAUACGGGAUGAACAGAAUGCCAACGCUGAGAAAUCCGAUGAGUCAGACUUGGAUAAACGUUUUGGCUACAGGGGAUCUAUGAAGACUAGAAAACGUGAUAAUCAAACAUCGGAGUCUUUGAGACAGAACACCAAAGCUGAGGAUGGUAUACCCGUGCAGUCAAUUGAGGUGAUAGAUGUCGAUAGUGGGUACUUGUCAGAUACUGAGAUGAGUACAGACGGUGAGACACCCACCCCUACACAGUCAGGUGUCUUCCGCCUUACCCCACCGUCCUUCGGAGGAAAUGUACCUCGUAUGCAAGGCAGUGCGGCGGGAACCAAGACCAUGAAGAAACUGGUUCGGCUGAAUUCUAAAGGAGGAACAAGAACUACUGGUCUUGGCAGAUGUCGCUCCAUGGGAUUAACAAAAAAGAAAUCAAAGUCAAACAGUCCAAAGGAUUCACAGAUCUCUGAAGCGUCGUCGACUCUGUUUAGUUAUUUUGAGUUCGACAGACGAAAGAAACCAAGAUUGGAUCAAAGCGACAAAUAAGCUAAGAUGAUGUCAUAUUCUUACUGGUGCAGUUUGCCGCAGGUUUCACCCUGCACGCGACCGGAUUUUAUCGUGGAAUUUUAAUGUGAGGUCUCCUCGCGCCCGGG